GCGCGCCCAUAAAGAGCGAGCGGGGGGUGGCGGAGGCCACGCGAGACGAGCUCCUUGUGGGUCACGUUGUGAGCAGCUUGGUGUAGAGUCGUGCUCCUGGUGGGUCACGUUGUGAGCCGCUUGGUGUAGAGGCGUGCGCCUGGUGGGUCUCGCUGUGAGCCGCUUCGUGUAGAGUCGUGCGCCUGGUGGGUCUCGCUUUGAGCCGCUUGUUGUGGUGUUCGUGCCCUGAACCCAGUCGGUGGCUCGCGAGAGAGGGAGCCGGUGCGUGUGUGGAGGCAUUAGUUAGUUGAUUCGGAACUCCGCUGUCCAGCUCGUCCGCGCCACUGCGAACAAGAACUUGAGAACUCCCAACCUGUAACUCGCACGCUGCGCAGUUCCAAGAUCCCUGAGCCACGAUGGUGAAAGAGACGACCUACUAUGACAUCCUGGGCGUGCAGCCCUCCGCCUCCACCGAGGAGCUCAAAAAGUCCUACCGCAAGCUCGCCCUCAAGUAUCACCCGGACAAGAACCCCAACGAGGGCGAGAAGUUCAAGCAAAUCUCCCAGGCGUACGAGGUGCUGUCGGACCCCAAGAAGAGGGAGCUGUACGACCAGGGCGGCGAGCAGGCCAUCAAGGAGGGCGGCAUGAGUGGCGGCGGCGGCUUCAGCUCCCCCAUGGACAUCUUCGACAUGUUCUUUGGCGGGGGAAGCCGUGCGCAGCGUGAGCGCAAAGGGAAGAACAUGGUGCAUCAGCUCACCGUCUCGCUGGAGGAAAUGUACAACGGCGCCACGAGGAAGCUGGCGCUACAGAAGAAUGUCGUCUGCAACAAAUGUGAUGGCCGCGGCGGCAAGGAAGGCGCGGUGAAGCCGUGCGGCGUGUGCCGCGGCACGGGCAUGCAGGUGCGCAUCCAGCAGCUGGGGCCGGGCAUGGUGCAGCAGAUCCAGUCGGUGUGCCACGAGUGCCAGGGCAGGGGCGAGCAGAUCGACGCCCGCGAUCGCUGCAAGCAGUGCCAGGGCCGCAAGGUGGUGCGCGAGAAGAAGGUCCUGGAGGUGCACAUCGACAAGGGCAUGAAGGACGGACAGAAGAUCCAGUUCGGCGGCGAGGGCGACCAGGAGCCUGGGCUGGAGCCCGGGGACGUCAUCAUCGUGCUUGAGCAGAAGGAGCACCCUGUGUUCCACCGGCAAGGGCAGGAUCUCAUCAGGGAGAUGGAAAUCGAGCUGGUGGAGGCACUGUGCGGCUUCCAGAGACCGAUCUCGACGCUGGACGACCGAGUGAUCGUCAUCACGUCCCACCCCGGUGAAGUCAUAAAACACGGAGAGGUGAAGUGCAUCUUGAACGAGGGCAUGCCUAUCCUCCGCAACCCAUUCGAGAAGGGCCGUCUGAUCAUCCAGUUCAAAGUCGUAUUCCCCCCGUCGGGCUUCCUGCCCAUCCACGGCCUGGCCCAGCUGGAGGCGCUGCUGCCUCCGCGGCAGGAGGCGCUGAUCACGGGCGACAUGGAGGAGGCGAUGCUCAUUGACAUCGAUCCCGUGUCCGAGGAGCGGCGCUACAAGAACGAGGCCUACCAGGAGGAGGAGGAGGGCCAUGGCCCGCGGCGCUCGGGCGUGCAGUGCCAGUCCUCGUAGUGCCAGCACCGCCGCGGCCAUUGCGGCGACACAACCCCACCGCAGCCCUUCCGUGGCCGAGGAUCAGGGACGGUGCGAUUCGGCGACCAAAGGGAGAUUUUUACGAGGCACAUGUACCGAGUCACCCCUCUCUCACUUCUGCAAGUUUUAUUUCUUUACUAAUCACCCUUAAACAUUUACAUAUAUUUAGGAAUGCACAAUUGAAAAACUAUAUAACGAAUAUACCAUGCCGAAUAUAAAAUUAAAAUAACAUGUUCAAAAAUUCACAUGAAUGAUCCUCGAACUGUCGGGGCUGCCAGUCCAAUAUCGAACCGAGGCUAUUUAAAACACCGGUGGUGGGAUGGAAAUCAGGGUGACUUCAUCGUGGGGUGGUGAAUAAUCCAGUAUCUCGUCGUCAGCACUGGUACGUUUUCCCAUGCAUCCCUUGGCUCGAUCUGUGAAGCCGACUGCAUUUGUGCAGAGAGGUGGUUUAUUGCUUUGUGCACAAUCAGAAUUAGUUUCGUGAUAAACCUGUUCAGGGAACUCGCAGUUUCCUUGCUGCUGCAUGCACUCAACUGAUUGGUAAUCACCCAUUGGAUGAGGGCCAGUGGACCAUCUUACCGUGAUUGGCCCGGGGGCGGGGAGGGGCAACCGGGGGAACACAAUUGCAAAAUAUACAAAAGUGUAUAAUUGUUUUUGGCAGCAUCAACAGUGAAGCCUCACUUAAUGGACUUGAUUUGAAAGCUUGUUUCUCUUGGUGUUCCUUUAAAAGUCAAAAGCGUGUAUUUACAAGGCGUCACGGAUGUGUACAGUUGGUUUUCAUGUUUCUUGGUGUUCAAUCCCAUGUAUGACGUGUAUUCUUUUACAAUUAGUAACAUUUUACAUUGAAAAUAGCAUUGUAUAUUUUGUUUUCAUUUCCAACCUAACGGGCUGUACAAGAAGGAAAUACUUUGUGGGACGUUGAAAAAGUAGGUUUGUGUUAUUUAUAUCUUAAAAACUACUCGUUAGGGUGAAUGGGUUAUUGUCUGUUCAUAUUACUAAUUUCUUUAUGAGAAAAAGUUGAAGCUGGACCCAUUUUGUGAUAAUAAAUUCACCAUUGUGUGCCGCG